AUGACCACAACAGCAGCUGCCGCCGUCGUUGCGGCAAGGGUAUGUACAGCAGGUUUUCUUUCGCAGGAUACCCCAACCGACCGGUUUGGAAGUGGAUGGCUAUGGGGUUCCAAGGCGAGGCAGCUGGCAGCGGUACAACCAACUACACAUACCGCGGGCAGAGCACGGCCGUCAAUGGAUCUUCUGAAAACACUUUCUCCACUCAAAAGAAAGAUCGAGACAGAAGCGGCAGCCGCCACUGCCGCAUCAGCAGCAAAGAAAAAGUCCGGAUCCUCGGAGCCCGGCAACCCUUCCUGGCCGUGUGUUGGUUUCGACGGCUGCCCGGACGGCCGUCUUAAGAUCGUGCCGAAGAAGGACGGAGGCUUCUUCGUGGUCUGUGACAAGAACGUUCACGGAGACGACACGACGUGCAGCGUCACGCUUUCUCUUUUGAGGGAAAGCACUAAGCACCCGAAAAAGUGCUCUCUGUGCCUGAGGGACGUCGGAGGAUCUCCCUCCAUCGGCUCGAAGACGGGCAGUAAAACCGGCGACUACGAAGAUUACGCCAACGUCCACGCCGUCGAAAUCCACUGCGUCUUGGCAAAGACGUCUGACGGCAGCUUCUCAAGAACGCAACUCCGGCAACCAAGAAGCACAUCGGCGAUUAUAUCGUCAACGUCUUCUUCGUUCACGCCUGGACUCGUGAAAACCUAGCCCAAGCUCUGGACAGUUUCAACUUCCCCUGCGUCACCAACAUGGCCCUUGAGUUAGCCUACUCAUGGCUCUGAUCGGUUAUUUCGCUUUACGCUCCUUUCAAUCAUUCGUCACAACAGGUUAUAGCCUGGACCUUUUAGCGCAUUGCUUGCAUUCAUUCUUUGCACCGCCUUUGCAAUUUGCGCUCAUGUGCAUGUCGCUGGAGGUUUCUCUCACGCUUUCCUAGCUUCCCUGCUUCAAUAGAGUCGGGGUAUGCGUGUGUGCGUGAGCGAGAAGUGGUUGCGUAUAAGUCUCGAUAUUUGACGCAUUAACAAUGAUUCUUCACCUUGCUUGAAGGAAAUUGCGCCCACGUAUAUGUGGCUAUGAACAUCGGGGUAUGCGUGCUCUCCAUAAUAAGGAGAAUGUGCGCAGAGGGGAAUUGGUUGCAUCACGUUUGUCCAUUGCGACGAGGACGCUUUUUUCGUUUCAGUUCUUCAAUAGGUCGGGGUGUGCGUGCUCUCCAUAAGUAGGAUGUGUGCGGGGGGAAAGUGGUUGCAUGCAAGGGUGUUACAAAAUCUAAUAUUAAUUUGGUCUUCUC